ACACAGUCAAGCUGCGCAGCUGGCAGAAGACGCAGAAGAUUUAGAAGCAGCAGGAUCUGGAGCACUUGGAGAUACCCAGGACUUUGCUAUGGACAUAAGAGGUCCCUGAAGCUGGUUUGCCAAUCGAGUUAUGGAUGUUGGUGCCUUGUUCUCUGCACAUAGGAAAGUCCAGGGUCCCGUUGGGCAGCAGCUCCCCAGUUGCCAUCUACACGCUCUCAUCCUUCCAGUAUGUUUCUUUCCAUGAGGCAUUUGCUGAUGCCGACAGCCUCAGUACAAUGUGGAAAUGGAUACUGACACAUAGUGCCCCAGGCUUCUCCCCCUUGCCCCGCUCCUUGCUGCUCUUCUUUCUUGUCUACUCGCUUUCUGUCACCUGCAAUGAGGCCAGGGGCAGGGACUGGCUGCGCUCCGCGGAGGUGGCUUCCAACUCCUCGUCCAGUAGGCAUGUGCGGAGCUAUAACCACCUCCAGGGAGACGUGCGGAGUAGGAAGCUCUUCUCCUACACUAAGUACUUUCUCCAGAUCGAUGGUAACGGCACGGUCAGCGGCACCAAGAAGGAGAAUUGCCCUUACAGUAUACUGGAGAUAACAUCUGUGGACGUGGGGGUUGUGGCAGUGAAAGCCAUUAACAGCAAUUAUUACUUAGCCAUGAAUAGGAGAGGAAAGAUCUACGGUUCGAAAGAAUUCAAUAUUGACUGCAAGCUGAAAGAGAGGAUAGAGGAGAAUGGCUACAACACCUAUGCGUCACAUAACUGGAAGAAUAACGAGAGACAAAUGUUUGUGGCCCUAAAUGGCAAAGGGAUUCCAAAGAGAGGACCAAAAACAAGGCGGAAAAAUACUUCGGCUCACUUUCUUCCAAUUGUCGUAUAACCUCAGAUGAAGGAAAUGACAUAUUUCUGUAUUAAAUACUUCAGUACUGUUCUUCAAGAACCCGUAGUGUGUACUCGCCUCCUGCUUUGAUUCUAACGGGGGAGGUCCAUGAUGGAUGAUGUUCCUACUUGGAUUUUAGAAGGACAUUUUUUUAUUGACUUUGUGGUGACUAUGGCCAGAUGGAGAAGGAAAAGCAGCCAGUACCUGUGUUACAUAGAAUUAUAUUUGUACAGUCCGAUUUAAUGGAUACAAGACAAUCAAAUCAUUGAUCUACUGGGAAAGUUAUUUAUGGAUUACUUCUUCAAAUCAAAGACUUUCAUGGCUCAUUCAGUUUCAGCGCUCCCAAUGAGCAGUGAGACGUGUAAGAAUUUACUGGAAGCACUUGGGUCAAAAGUAUCGACGAUGUAUUUUUUUUUUUUUUUUGAAGAGUCAACGUGAAGAAUGGUUAGGAUUAAAGAAAUAUAAACGUACUGAAACUGUUCUAACAAAAAUGAAUAUUAUGGUAUGCCUGUGUACUUUUACCUUCAUCUCUUUCUGUUUCUUUGUAAGUUAUUUAUUUAAUAGAAUGUUUGAUACCUGUCUUCUGUGUUUAAAUCGUUUGUCUAAAAUUCCAAAAAAAAAAAAAAA